AUGGGGUUUGCUGCAACGCCAGUUGCACGAGUGCUUUCUGUAAAAAAGCCGAGCUCGACGACGGCGAGACCGCGAAGCGUUUGGACGCCGUCGUUUAGGACACGGAAGAAAAGACUCGCGCCUCUUGUGGCAACGAACUCGCGCAAGACCAGCGCGGGGACGGGUAUUCCGCCAGCAUCGGGUCCACGGCCGAGGCAAGUAUGGGAAGCACUAUCGGCACGGGAGGCUGCGUUCUUGGCGGUCGAGUGUUCUCUGACUCAGGGUCAUGAUGUCGCCGAAGACGUGGACGGCAGUGAUGCGCUCGACGGGAGGCCAAGCCAAGGGAGCGGCGGCGUUGGAGGCGCUCUCAGUAACAGGUACCUUCUGACGCAGCUAGCGCUUUGGAGCGAAAAGCACAAGCCCAGUCGCGUAGAAUACGCACUGGCGAAGAUUAUCGCUUUUAAUGCAGUUCGACAACGGGCGCUCUUUGACUAUGUGCUGCAGACCAACAUCGUUCGCGAUCGGAGCGCCAUCGACCAAGAGCCGCACCGCAUCAAGUCGGAGGGCAUGCACCUAUCAAUAGCGCAACGUGCACUACUGCACACGGCCCUGGCACAGUACGCUUUCAUGGAACGUGUUCCCGUCUACACGAUUGUUUUUAGUACAGUGGAGAUAGCGAAGACUUAUUUUGGGCAACGCUUCGCUGCAUUCGCCAAUGCAAUUUUGCGCAAUCUAGUUCGGUACGGAGAGAAGUACGCUGCCGACUUGGAAAGCCGCCGUCCAGCAUCCUACAUCGUGCGGCCGCUUCCGUUUCCCGCCGACGCCCUCGAUGUGCGCUACUCCUAUCCCGCAGUGUUUGCGAGCCGAGUUUUUGGCCAGCUUUUGAAUCGGAAACGCCUGGUGGCCUUCCUGGAGGCCGGAAACAUGACCCCGCAAACUUUUCUGCGCGUUCCCCGCCAGCAUGCCCAGCAUGAAGAUUUGAAAAUGGCCAUUGAAAGGCGCUUAUUGGUCCCUUGGUCGGACCAAGAUUCAACGGAAACAGUGAGUAGACCGUGGAUCAUUUACCGCGUCGACUUGCAGUGCGCUGGAGAAGAUCCAGGUGCGGCCUUACCGCUCACAUUGCCGAGCGCAAAUGGUACGGGCUGGGCAGAUGAUCCGGCCAAUGUCCUCACGAGAAGCCUUUUUCAAAGACUGCUGCAGCACUUUAUAGCUCAAAACGUAACACAAGCAGAGCAUACGUUUCUUCUCUGCGAACAGUUACGCCAACGCUGGGACAAGGAAAGACGGAUCGCGCGGGUCCUGGACCUCUGCACCGCACCUGGAGGCAAGCUUACAGCAGUUUUUGAGUACCUGCAGUAUAGCGACCUCGGCGACGCGCAGACUGAAUACAUAGGCAUUGAUCUGAGCGAUCAACGCAUUCAUAUGGUCCACGAGAAUGUCGACAAGACGCCGGGUAUGCGCGAAAGUCGCGUUUUUGUCGGCGUUGCCCGUGGCGAGUCCUUUGUUGAUUGCAGAGCGGGCAACAUCUUGCGCAGUGAAGACGAGCGCGCUGUCAGUCCGUGUUUCGACCUUGUGAUCGCGGACGUACCGUGUACGAAUUCGGGGGUCUUGAAUCGGCGACCUGAAGCCCGUUGGAGACUCGACGAGCAGCAUUUUGCGUCUUCGGUACCACGCUUGGUUUCGCUCCAGGCGAGUCUUUUGAAUCGGGCGUGCCUUCUAUCUCGCUCUGCGGUGUUCUACAUGACUUGCUCAGUUUUGCAUGCGGAAGGACGCGAUCUUGUGCGGUCAGUUCUCGAAAAUCACCGUGACUUUGAACUUGUUUGGGAUCACCUGACCUACACGGAUGCCGCUGGACGGGAUGGAGGCUAUGCAGCCAUGCUUUGGCGACGCCCGUCUCAUUGA